AUGUCAUCGCUUCUAUACUAUUUCCUUCUUUUUGAGACUUUUGCCUUCAUAAUGGCUUACAAAUGUUAUAAUGAUAAGACAGAAAACGACCACAAACCAAACUCAACGCUGGACUGUCCUUGGUCAAAUUAUUGCUCAAAGAGUGUACAAAAAGUGGGCAACAAAAGGAUUAAUAUGUACUGGUGUGACGUGAAUGGAUGUAAGGGAGAAGGAUGCUCAAAAACCGAAGGCAUUUGCACAAGGAGCUCUUUUCCAUCGUUGCUGGUCUCUUCUAUUUGGAUUAUGGUUGUUGCUUCGACACUCAAAAAACGAUUCAUGGAUCCGGCAAGAGCGAGAAGGUUCAGCACAGUGACGCAAGUGAAUCCGGAAACAUUUGAGAAAGUGAGGAAAAAAGUUUCCAAGCCCAGUCAGGUGCUCGAUGCUGUCGGCGAGGAGCCACCACAGGAAUAUAAGGGGAAUCGUAAGUUCACGGCCACUUUCGGACAUUUGGCACUCUACAAAGCCCCGGAGGAUGACACACAUCAAGCGUCGUUCAUUUCUGCCUACACUACACCGGGACCGAAAGAACGAGCCACCAGCAAUCAUAAAAAGGCAAACCUUGGUGUGAUGCUUGGCGUGUACUUGCCAACUAUCCAGCAUAUCCUCGGUGUCACCAUGUUCAUUCGUUUGUUCUGGGUGGUCGGCAUGGCAGGACUAUGGUGGACCAUGGUGCUACUUGCAAUUUGCUGCUCAUGCACUCUGCUCACAUCCAUAUCUUUGUCAGCUGUGGCAACAAAUGGAGUCGUUGAAAGCGGUGGCGCGUAUUUCAUUAUAAGUCGAAAUUUGGGCGCAGAGUUUGGUUCAGCGGUGGGAAUACUAUUCUACCUGGCGAAUACUGUAGCCGCGUCCAUGUACAUAGUUGGUGGUGUUGAAGUGUUACUGAUGUACAUCGUUCCCGACAUGGCCAUCGGCGGUCGUGAAGCACUUCACGACACUGAUCCGUUUGGUCCAUUGUACAACAAUUACCGUAUCUACGGUACAGUAUUUCUUCUGCUUCAAGUGCUUAUCGUCGCAAUGGGAGUGAAAUUUGUUCAGCUUCUCGCGCCGGUAUCUCUGAUGUGCGUUCUCCUCGCUAUUCUAGCGUGUUUUGCUGGUGGUGUGGAGAAGGCUAUCACUGGAUCUGGGCAAAUGGUUUGCUCAUUGGAUGAUCGUUUAAUCCAGUCUGCUGUACUGUAUAAGAACCACAACACCACCCAUACGAAUAUCACCGAACCGACCAUAUGCGAUGUGUGCGAUAAAAGCCCUGGACUUACACACUUGUUCUGUGACAGCAGUGAGUUUUGCUCGGAGUAUACAAAGGUGAAAAUCACUUGCAGUCAAGGAUUCCCUGGUCUUAACAUGGAUACUCUCAAAGACAAUCUCGAGGCAGGAUACAUGGCACGCGAUGAAGUGUUACCGGGUAUACGCGGAAAACAGGACGCGGAAGUGGUGCAAGAUGUAACUUCAACCUUCUUCCUUUUGCUGGCCAUCUACUUCCCAGCAGUAACGGGGAUUAUGACGGGGACGAAUAUGAGCGGAGAUCUGCGUGAUCCUCAACGAUCUAUUCCAAGUGGAACAAUAGCGGCGACGGUAACAACAUCCAUAAUCUACUACGCUCUGGCGAUUCUGUUUGCUGCUAGUGUGGACAGAUCGGUGCUGAGGGAUAAAUUCGGCCGGUCGAUCGAUAACAAUAUGGUCGUAUCCACUCUGGCGUGGCCAUCCCCUUGGGUCGUCACAGUCGGUUCAUUCCUGAGCACAUUCGGUGCUGCACUUCAGUGCUUGUGCAGUGCUCCUCGUCUAUUACAAUCAAUCGCUAAAGACGAUGUGAUUCCUUUUCUGGCUCCGUUCGCAAGGGUCACUUCAAAAAACGAACCGUUGCUUGGCCUUCUUCUCACAACCUUCAUCGCAGAGUUGGCUAUACUUCUCGGUGCCGUUGACAAGAUUGCUGAGGUUUUGGACUUUUUCUUCCUUAUGUGCUACGCUUUUGUCAACCUCAUCGCAUUCCUUCAUUCCGUUCUUCGAGCACCAAAUUGGAGGCCUCGCUUCAAGUAUUUCCAUUGGUUCUUGUCAUUGAUUGGAGCGUUCCUGUGCUUCUUCAUUAUGUUCGCUUCAGAUUGGCAUCUUGCUUUAGUUGCAUGUGGAAUAACAUUUUCAAUAUAUAAAUAUGUAGAAUGGAAAGGAGCCAAAAAGGAAUGGGGAGAUGGUAUCCGUGGAUUGGCUUUGACAACAGCACAAUAUUCUCUUCUUAAGGUCGAGGAUAAGGAUCCGCAUCCGAAAAAUUGGCGACCACAGUUGUUAAUUUGUUUGUCAACUAGAUGGUCGAAGGAGUUGAUAGAUUUACGUGCAAUGUCUAUGCUGAACCUGGGAGCACAAUUGAAGGCUGGGAGAGGUCUAGCGAUAGCGUGUGCCUUUUUGAAAGGAUCCACCGACAAUGCCAAAGAUAAAAUUCAUGCUCAAGAGGUAAAAGAUCGUCUGACAAAAGAUAUGGUGAAGGCUCGACUGCGCGGUUUUGGUAAAACAGUCUUUUACACAGAGGAGCAGAUGAGCGGAUGCGUUUCUGGUCUCUAUCAAUCAGUCGGUAUCGGUGGCCUACGGCCGAACACUAUCCUACUGAAUUGGCCAAAAACCGACGAUUCCGAAGAAGUGCAACUGUUUUCAGAAAAACUCAUCUCUGGCGUGGCAAACGACAAUUGUCUACUAGUUGCCAAGGGAAUCACCGAUUUUCCAGAUGCGAAUGAUCGUCUAAUUGGUUACAUCGAUAUAUGGUGGGUCGUUGUGGACGGUGGUAUUUUGAUGUUAAUUGCUUACCUCCUCAAACAACAUAAGGUAUGGCGUGGUUGCACACUUCGUAUCUUCGCAAUCGGCGACAACGACUCCUCAAAAAACGAAGAGAUUCGCAAAGGACUUCAGAAAUAUAUUUACAUGUUACGCAUCGACGCUGAACUUUUUAUGGUGAAUCUACUGGAUUUGGAGGUUUCGGACGAAGUAGUCGAGAAGACCGCAGAGUUAGAAAGACGACAACAAACAAUCAAGAAUGAAAUCCGGAGAAGCAGAUCUCGCGAGAGCGGUUUGAUCAACGAUGGCUACAACAACGAUGACACCAUUAAUAGCCGGAAACUUCGACUUAAUGACUCUGUUCGAAGUUUCACACCUGUUGUUAUAAACAUCAACGAAGAUGCUGAAACAUCAUUUAUUGACAACCCAGCGGAUCGACUCUACAGGCCAUCAACGCCAAGUGAAGAUAGUGAGGAUGGCGAUGUCAAGCUUAAUGUCCACAAAAUGAAUACAGCCGUUCGUCUGAAUCGCGUUAUUCACGAGAACUCACCCAGUUCUCAGCUUGUGCUUCUCACAUUACCACGUCCACCGAAAAAUCGAAGCACAUUUCAACAUUCGUACAUGGUCUAUCUGGACGUGUUAACGGAGAAUCUUCAACGAGUACUAUUCAUAGGUGGCAGUGGUAAGGAAGUGAUUACUAUCGAUUCCUGA